AUGCCAAACAAUGCUAGUUUAGUGUUUAGCGGAGCUCGCCUCUCAGAAGCACGCGGACAGCGCUUGUACGAAAGAGACAAAGGUAAAUGAAAACUCGUACAAGACGCUUUGACUAAGAUAUUUAUUGUUUACACGAACUGAAGUUAUUUUAUUGGAAAUUUAACCAGGAGAGCGCUUUAUAUCGCCGGCUCAGUCGCACGGUAACCAGUUAUUUACAAUCACGGGCUCGUUCUUAGUCAUCUGUCAGUUUUAUUCGCUGCCGAAGCGCGUAACUGGUUCAUUUGGAAGCUGUGGAGUUUAAGUCCGGCUUAAACCAUGGAGAAAUCCCUGGGGCAAGAAACAGCGACGAUUAUUAACUUUUCAUGAAGAUCACGUUUUGUCGAGAUUACGGCCGGAAUAAUACUUUUCACUACAACAACGCAGAUCUCGUUUCUGAAAAAGUAUGCCUGGAAAGCGGAUAUUACCACGUGCAAGUUGUACGGUAAAUUGCUACUUAUUGUUUAUAGGAAUUAUUUACUGCGCGCACUUUUUCGAGAAUGGAACAUCGUUUGAAACUAUAGAAGUCCUCGAGGGUUUACCGCCUGGAAGUGCCAUUUUGAACUUGAACCGAAACUAUAGCGUUGCUUACUCGCUAUAUCACAGUUCUGCUACAGCUGAUGGUUCCAACCUGUUUUAUAUUGACUCAAAUGGGAUUCUCACUUCCAAAGUAACUUUGGAUCACGAAGAUGAGCGAGGAAACGUGUUUGAUUUGGUGGUAAUAUCGCGGGAAAUCUCCAGAACUGAAGGUGGCCUUGCCAGCAUUGUGCGUGUUCGAAUACUCGAUCAGAACGAUCACACGCCCAAAUUUCCCAAAGAUUUAUAUACUGCCACGGUGGCAGAGAAUAGCCCUAUUGGCACUUUUGUUUCUGGUCUUGAGAGCGUUUACGCUAGUGACUUAGAUAGUGGAAAAAAUUCGGUUCAAAACUACAGCAUCGUGGCUGGAAACGAGGCGGGGAAGUUUGAAGUCGAUUUCCACGUACUUUCUGGUUUGAAAUUUUUACGCCUAAAAACCAAGGCGCCCAUCGACAGAGAAGAAACACCGUUUUUUGUCUUGACAGUGAAGGUUGAAGACGGGGGAACUCCGCAACUUUCAAGCACUGCUCAAAUACGAGUAAAUAUUCUUGACGAGAAUGAUCAAACGCCGAAGUUUGGACUGCCUACUUACUCGGUUGCUGUCAGUGAAAAUGUACUCGUGGGAACCUCGGUUUUGAAAGUAAACGCUUUUGAUCUGGACAUUAGCAGGAACGCUGAAAUUUAUUAUUAUUUUAAACCUGCUCACGACUUCUUUACAGUAAAUGCUCAUACAGGCAUAGUAGAGACAGCAUGUGAGCUAAAUUUCCAGAAGGGAAGUUCUUUUGAUCUUACGAUUUAUGCAGUGGAUCGUGGAAGAAAUCCGCGGCAAGCAAAGACUAUCGUGCGAAUUCGUCUUGUGGAUAUCGCAGGUUUUCCGCCGUCUUCCCUGGGAGUAAUUUCUAGUGAAAGGACACCACCUGUCUUCCGUAAACACAAGUAUUUCGUGAGAAUAAGAGAGGAUUUUCCUGUUGGAGGUGCCACUGUUCGAGUGGAGGCUCACCAGGGAAGCGGGUUUUACACAGAAGAAAAAGCUUGGAGAUAUGUAAUUUUGAACAAACCGUCUAUUAUUCAAACAAUUUUCGACAUUAAUCCUCGAAGCGGGGUAAUUACUCUCCUUGAACCCUUGGAUUAUGAAAACAAAACCUCGUUUUCUUUCGUCGUUAAAGUGAAAGACGAGGAGUCUAAAGAUUUUUAUGAAUCACAAACGCGGGUGGAGAUUGUAAUUGAAGAUGUAAAUGAGAAUUAUUUCCCGCCAAUUUUUGCCCGUUCUACGUCGAUCGUUCCGAUUUCAGAGAAUGACCGCGAAGAUUCUCUUGUUGCAAAGAUUUCAGCCACUGAUGCCGACGAGGGAAGUAACGGACAAAUUACUUAUUCUAUUACGGGAGGAUCUGGAGUGGGAAAAUUUAAUAUCGAUAGAGACAAUGGGAAAAUACGAUCUCUUGUUCCAUUCAACCUUGAAAUGGCCUCGCAAUUUGACUUACACGUGCGGGCUAGCGACCGUUCAAAACAACCGCUUCAUUCCAAUUCAUUCCUGUUGGUCAGAUUACAAAGCGGCAGACAAAAAAGGCCAUUCUUUUCAAAUCCAAAGCAGAUUGUCAGUGUUCGAGAAAACAGCGAAAAGGGGACGUUCGUGGCUUUGGUUCGAGCGAGUCUACGUGAAGGAAGGUUAAGAAGCGAAACGCCAUUGGAGUAUUUUUUUUCUGGCGGAAAUCAAGGCGGAAUAUUUUCGUUGAAUUCCACUUCAGGUAAGUAUGUUUCUUUUUAAUUAAAACGCCUAAGGGAAAUUAUAAAGUAAACAACACGAGUAUUGGAGUCUUGAUACGUUCAAGGUUGUGAGGUGAUCAAUUUGAGCUUAUAUUAAUAACAAAGCCUCUUUCUAUCGCGCGAGUCCGGCCUCAAACAAUGUAAUGACAAGGGAGAAAUAUUCUGAAAAUACCCAAAAAAGGCUUUCCGCACGUAAAUGGAGUUUUAUACAUAAUUCACACCUCGGAAAGUACAGUUCUGGUUACACACCAUCACCUGCAAUACGUUUAAUUGAGAAAAGCUUUAAUAGGUCAUUGAGAUGCGCUAGAUUUUCAUAAUAAUAGUUCUGAAUUAUUGGUGGAAAAUGUUUGUGGCGUUUCAUUCACCAAAAAUGCAAUAAUCGCACGUAGGUUCACUGUGUGAAUUGUAUUGCGAGCGAUUAUAUAGCCCUCUGCGUGAAAUAAGGUAUUGAACCGCGAAGUGUGAAAAUACAAUAAUUUGUUGCAUGAUAGAAGUCUAGAUAAGAUGCUCUUGGGGAAAAUCUUUGCAUGACAGGUGGUGGAACUCCAAUUUCAUUUUCAUUUUUUAUACAAUUCUAAUACGGCGCUGUUUAUUGAAAUGCCAAGUUCAGCCAGCUUAUUUUAAAUCAAGGCAUUUCCAAGGUAGAAAUAACAGAGUUUUCUUCUUGAUCAAAGUUAAAUUCAAUUAAUAAAAUAUGUUCACAUGAUGAGGCUGACCUUAAAAAACUUGCGGAUAAAGCAUAAUUUUGAUACGAUUUUAAACAAAAAUUGAAUAUUUGCCUAGAUCAUAGCUGAGAAGUAAUUUUAAAAUAAUUAUCAACCAAAUCGCAUCUUUUGUGAACAAAAUUGGCCAAGUUUUUCUUGUCUUAAUUUUGCACGUACUAGGUUUUUAAUAGGCUUGAUCAACUGCAUCAGACUUCUUUUUAUAUUCUUUCAUUUAUGGUUUUAAAGGUGAUUUAAUUAUGGUAAUAUCUACGAUUUUGAAGGGUUCAUGAUCAUUGGUCUUCUUAUUAGCUCGUCUUGUUCAUGUUAUUUAGUUGCUAUCAUGGUCUCAAAUGAAUCUUGUUUAGGAAGAUCUUUGUCUGCAAGCCACAAUGUUUUUUAGGAUAAAUGUUCCACCAAGAUAGACUUAAAACAAGCAAACUGCACGCAUUUCUUAGACAUCACUUUUUUUUCCUUAUUUAGUAGAGAAAAUUGCAAAGAAUAAAAGAAGAAGCCUUUUACUUUUUGAAGCUUUAAUUACUUUGAAAAACACUUAUGAGCACACAUGUAUGUUUUUGCCUGAAAAAAAAAAUUUUGUUCAGUUAUCCAAACUCCAACUGUUUUAGCUGAUAAAGGAUAUUUUUGAUACUUUUGAAGAUAGAAUGUCAUCCUUUUAAAACCAAAAUCAUGCAUUUCACUUGUGUACUACUGCAGAAAACUUGCUAAUCUAUGAAAUACCCCUUUUAGCUGCAUUUCACAUGUGCAAAUUCACCAUAGUCGUUACAAAUUUAUGCACAUGACAAACAAAGGUCUCUUAUCAGACACUCUUGUGAGUACGGAGUGGCAGGUGGGGAGGGGGUGGGUGGGGGGAGAGUGCUCUUCUAUGAGAAUAAUGGGCAUGUUUGCUGGAGAUUUGUACUAAUCCCUAAAGGGAACCCAUAAGGGUGUGGCUUAGGUCUAUUUGACCCCUAAAGGUCAGCAUACUCUAACACAGCAUGUUGGCAGUAAUGAAUGUUGGCGUUCUGUCCUUAACACCGUGAGAGAGAGUUAAAUCUGCCAUUUGUUUUUACGUGAGAUGACGAGCAUUCCUCUCAUUGUCAUGUCCUGGGAAGUGGGGGGGGGGUUACUUUCAAAAAUUUCGGAUAGAUGUGUGCCGCUCAGGGUCUUAAACCUUGACCCUAUUUAAGGAUGAGACAAAUGAAAACUGAUACAUUAAUAAUUAUUGUACCCUAUUUAAGGCAAAAGCAAAAACUAAGGAUUAACUGAAGCACACAAAUCUUUUUAUUCAUUGCUAUCUAGCCAAUAUGUGGGACUACCCACCCUCCCUGCUAGUUCACCAAGGAGUUGUGAGCAGACAGCUCCACUUACAGCUGCCUUCAUAAAACUACAUACUUUAUCAUUCCCCUACGCGGCAGCUCCAGAUAUGAACUGACAGUGUCCAAUUAUUAAAGGGAACUUUGAAUUUGUAUCCCUUUAAGUGAAACAAUUGCUGGACAAUUGACUGUAUUGAAAAUAGCGAGUUUUCGAGAUGCCUUGGGCAUUAUUUGCCAUAUUUUGAGAGGCCAUUAUUUGCUUCCUGUCUUUUAAUUUUAUUUUCUUGUUAUCAUUGUGUGGACAGUAAUAUUAACCUACUACCUUGGAAGAUCAUUUGAAAUUCAGUGGGGUGGGGUGGGGGAGGGAAGACAGAAUCUGAGUGGAUUAACUCUGCCAGUAAGAGAGGAGUCGAACUGAAUGAAAAACUCUUGGACAAGGAAUUGGAGGGUUAUAUGUACUGUCAUGUACAACACACCUUUUUUAGCUGAAAUUUCAGCAGUAGAAACUAACAUGAAAACAAAUUUAUGCGAUCCUUUUUUGUUGGUAAAGUUUUCAAUUUUUUUGGUGUCCAUCAAAACUGUAUUUUUAUCUCUAAUAUAAAGAAACAAUGUUUUGCUUUUUUUUCACUCUUUUGCUUGGUUAUUUUUUGUUUGCCUACUGUUUUUCUUGUAGCUAAAAACCACAACCUGUAUUUUAUUGCCAAACACAAUUAAACAUUUAUAAAAUACAUGCAAAUUAAGAAAAAGCAAGGAAUUAAAUAUUAAGGAUUUUUCUAAUAUAUGGGUAACCCUUUUAGGUUUUUUAAUUGUUGGCCAUAAUAGAAAUGCAUGUAUAGCUGCCUUUAUGAAGUUUAUGAAGACAUUUCCCAUACACAGCUGACUGCUCUAAAAGUUUCAGUGUUUAAGAUUUAAAUUUUUAGACUUUCUUUCAGAGUACUGGGGAUUGGUGGGUGAGUACUGGGACAAACACAUUUUGGGGGUGAUGGGGUGAGGGAAGUUUUGGGCUCUUUUGUAGGUAGGCAGUUUUUGGACCACUCUGUUUUCACUGUUCUAGCGUUCCAAAGGAACAUUGUUCUUAUUUUAAGAUUGAUGUGUUCAAAAAAAAUCAUGAUCAGGGUCAUGAUUGAGGUCAUCAAUAUUGUUUUCUUAAAAAAAAUUUAUACUUCUCAACCUUAAAAUGGAUUCUUUUGGCCUUUCAUUAAUAUUUGUGUUCAUUGGCAGCCAUUUUUUACAAUCUUAAUUAUCUAGCUACCAUGUGAAAGUAAUUAAAAUACCUGGUUACUCAAACAAGUGCCACAUUUGGGAGAAACUAAGCGCUGCCCCCGAAUAAGUGCCACACGCCCUUAAUAGGUUACUUCUGUAAGUUUAAUACGGAAAAUAAUAUUGUACUUUAAAUACCAUUCUGAUCGUGUCCAACUUUAUAAGAAACACUGCCCUCAAAUAAGCGCCGCCCUCGUAUAAGUGCCACCGUCAAAUAUGAGCUGCACUUGAGGCGUUAAAACUUAAUGAAGACCAUGGUCCUUAUUUGAGUAAAUAUGGUAAUUUAAUUUCUAUUUUUUAAACCUUUACAGGAAUAAUUUCUACAACAGCUUCUCUUGAUCGGGAGAGUACAGAUCUUUACAUCCUUAAGGUUCAUGCGCGUGAAAAAGGCGCUGAUCCGUCAAUGAGCUCACCCUCCCAAGUUGUUGUCAUGGUUACAGAUGAAAAUGAUAACACCCCAUCAUUUGAUCAACACGAAUACAAGGUAUUACAGUGCUGUAAAGUACUCCAUGUAAGCUGUUCACAGUUUCAUCAAAUUUGUUAAUGCUAUCCCCUUCUUUGUAUUAUUGCUAGUGGUCUGUUCUCAUGAUUUGACAAAAAAACAUUUCAAUGAUGAUAAUGAUUAAAUAAGAGGAGAUUGUCACAGUUGUAGAUGCAACUAAAUUUUGUAGUUCUGCAAAAUUUAGGCUUGUAAAAGAGUUCAACCCUUGACUUCUGUGCUAUUGGUUCAUUAUGCACCCAUGAAAGGAUGGCAAUGAAAUUAUUUUAAUUAACUUUUGCCUUAAAUAAGAAACAAACUAAAUUCCUCCUGAAAAAAUGAUCUUGUGCCUUUUGAUCAAUUGAAAACCAAAAACUGGUCAGCAGAGAAAUUUUAAAUAAACAAAUCACCUCAUUGAGUUGUACACCUGAGCCUGUGAUUUAGUCAUGUGAUACUGGUCAGCAGAUACCAUAGUUUCACCAUAUUUUGUCAAUUGACCAUAACAUGGAUGUCUAAUGUCAGUCCUUCCUGACUGCAGUUAUUAUUUGAAUAUCUUUUUACAAUUAAAUUUCAUAGAUGUCAUCAUGAAUUCGGUGAAAUGCCUCUUUAAUGGUUCUCGUCUUGAUCAUAUGAAGAAGUGCUGUUGCUCUCUUUUGUCUCCAAUGUCUUUUCUGUGUCACCACUAUGUUCUUUCUGCAUUUUGGAUGUGCUGUGAGAACUAGCUAACAUGAAAUAACAUGGGCAGGAUGUGGUUGGCUUGGAGUUCUGAUGAACAGACAGACAGUCCUCGCAUUGGACUAUCAUUUUUCGAUCGAACAUUGGACAAUCAAAUUUUAUUAUCCAUUUUUGUUUUCACCAUGUAUUAUUUUUUAAACAUUACCAAAGUAUUACUGGUCCUGUGAUUGUGGUUCUAAGUUUCUAGUCUAAGUCCAGGACAACAAUAAAUAACAGGGUUUUGGAAAUUUUAUUUCAUGAUGAACAUGAAGGAGGAUCAUGAACAGACAGACAAUUCUGCCAUUGUGCUCAAAUUUUGGUAGUCAUUUUGGAAUAUUUUGAGUCAAGUAUCACAACCGAAAAAUUUUGGAGUCAUUUUGGAAUAUUUGGAGUCAAGUAUCACAACCGAAAAAGUAGUCGUUUUUUGCUCCGAAACUAAACGGAAACGCUUGCUACGCAGGCUACCAAAAAAGCCAUUUUCAGACUUUCCAGCAUGUGUUCCUGGCAUGUAUACACUAUCGUGAGGGGUACACGAAGUAGCUGUGGUGGUCCGCUGACCUGGAAAGCUCAAACCCAAAUCCAUGAUUGCAGUCAUCUAGUAAUUUUCCAUCGUAAAUUAUCCUCUUCCUGUUUUGUCUUGCAGUAUAAUUCUUUAAUUUCUAUGAUUUAAUUAAGGUCUACAACGUUUACAAUUAACGUAAAUUGUAUUUGUUGCGAAAAAGGUAAGGACAAAACUGUGUUUGUUACCGAAAAUCUCUGGAGUCGAAGUGGCUCCGUGUUUGGUACCGAAAAUUUCUGGAGUCGAAGUGACUCCCUCCGUAACCUCAGUGGAGUCAUCUGAACAAUUUUGGCGUAAACCCUGAAUAACUGUUGAACCUUUGUUCACUUAGGUGGUUGUUACUGAAAACAUGGGUCCCAUAUCAAAUCUCCUGUGUUUAGCAGCCUAUGAUCCUGAUGCCGAGCAGAAUGGCAACAUCACAUACUCUAUCAUCUCCAGUACAGGGCCCUUCUCUAUUGAUCCUGCUUAUGGUCUUUUAUCAGUUGACAAGUCUUUGGAUUAUGAACACAAGCAAUUGCACAGACUUGUUGUACAAGCAGCUGAUAAUGGUGUACCUAGCCAUAUGGCAAGGGUAACUGUUGAAAUAUCGGUACAGGAUGCCAAUGAUGUUCCAGUGUUUUCGCAGGCCCACUAUACAGGUAAUGUACUGGCUUGUGGAAAUCAGUAAUAUUGCUAUGAAGAAUUUGGGGGGGGGGAGGGCUGGGGUAGGGGGUUCGCAACGAAGUUUUAUACGGGGAGGCUGCACCCCAAGGUCCAAUCCCUUACCAUUUUAUAUACCAUGCUUGACCUCAAAGGUAGCCAUUUCGUGUACGUUCUAUUGACAAAUGUUACCUCUUUCACAUACCUGGUUUAGAAGUUUGCAUCCCUUGUAACUUCUGUACAUGCACUUUCCAUGACACAGUACUCUCCCAUCUCUGCAUGCCUUGUUGUUAAAAUUCAUUAUUUGUAAUGUUUCACCAAGUCAGAACUUAAAACUCUCAUGAUAGUUUGUUGUGUCAGCAUUCAUCGAUCACCUUGAGGAACUUUUAUAAGAAAAAGUGAAUUUUCUGUUCCUUUCUUUCUUCUCUUCCAUGUUCCCUUUUCUAUAAGCACCAUUGAUUCUCUUUUUCUGUCAAGUUUCUCUUGAGGAUACAGUUUGUAGUAGAGUCUUAUCCUGCUUAAGAUGUAGAGUACAGUGUUAAUCUGUCAUAAAGCAUGUUGUCUGAAUAUCAUUGUUACCAGUAUUAAUGUUUUCUUCUGAAUCCUCUGAAGGCAAGAAGGUACAUUCCAAGGAUGACCAUGUGGUCAAACUUUAAACUUAGAGGAAUUUAGAUUGGAUUUCAUGUCUUACUUUCUUCAAGCAAUACACCAUGCAGCUAACAUGUUGAAUCAUGGCUGCGUCACCUUUUUUUUUUUUUAAUUUCUUUUUUCCUCCAUAAUGAACACAGGUCUGAAAAUGGGUUCGAUGGGUUGAAAUUAUGAGGAAAAAAUGAGUUUCUAGCUACCAUUAGCUUUUCCAUAUUUUGAUGCUGUUAGCCCUACAAAAUAUGGAUUGUGUGUACUGUAGAUAGUAAUAUACUUACAGUUUGCAUGCAGAUCCUCUAAUAUCACCUCUAGUCCACAGAAAUCAAGAUGAAUCAUUUUUGUAAUGUAACAAAAAAAUUGUUGCUAAUUACUGCAUGAUUUAUGAGGAUGCAGUACAUAUAAUCCAUUUUAAUCUCUAAUGCAUGUUCUAAGCAAUCGUGAUUGCAUGAUGCAUGUUGCAUGCUAACUCAACUAAUACUGUGCAUAAUAAUGUCUUGUAUUUGCCCUGUAAGCAUGCUGGUAAAUUUAACAUUCAUUUUGAUUCCUCUGUAAUUCAGUAACAGCACUGGAAUCUGCCAAAAUUGCAACAGACCUUCUGGCUGUGUUUCAUGUGACAGAUGAGGAUGCUGCAGUGAAGGGUAACAUCAGGCCUAUCUCUGUUCAGUUGUGUUUUGUCUUUUUUGGUGUUUUUCUAUCUGACUUCUCCUUCAAAGACACCGACUCAAACACUGUGUAAACGAAGAUUAUUUGUGGUCUUGACGACUUUUACAGCCACUAGAAUUCCUGGUCUACUUUUUUAACCUUUUCAUCUUUUGUGAUGUAUUCAUUUUGGAUAUUUUUGGUCAUUUUCUUCUUUUUAGCUUGACUUGAGUUUGAUUCACCUAACACUCAUUCAACUGAACCUCAUCUUCAGCGUAUUAGACAAGUUCUGAGCUUAACAUGACUGUGUAGCUCCUCCACUUUCACAUAUAUGCAAACCAUAGUACUUGAACAUGCCGAAUUCCAGUUUAAGCCAUUAAAACUACUGCAACUCCAACUGAUAACUGCGGUGCAGACUUCUUUCUUAACUGUCCAGACUUGUUUGCUUGCUUUUCACCGUAAGUGUGUUCGAAAUCGGUACACAUUGCAACAAAACGUAACUAUGCGACCUCAACUUUCAGCCUUCUGAUUCAGGGCACAAAACAGUCUUAAGGACUUUAUACCAAAUACUCAACUGGUGCGAUUUUGAAGUGUAAGGUCCGUUUUAGCCCUUGCUAUAAUCUGCUGAGAUCUUGGCUUUAGUUGUGUACCCUUUCUCUUUCUGCUUUUAUGUGAAUAUGAUAACUGUUGACAUAACAGUUGCUGUUGAUCAGUCAGAACACAUACCAAACGUUUGCAGUGCUACAUGUCAGUAGCCCUUUGACUGACUGCAUUUCUUUUCAUCUGGCAGCAAAUCUCUCAGCUAUGUUGUGUUAGAAAUACUUAGAAGGAAGCUCCAGUAGUUGGGGCUGGUAGUGGCUCUCUGGAAACUUAAUCGUGAAUGCUUUAAAAUGGGCAGGAAGCUGUAUUAUAGAUAUUGGAAAGGGUAGAAGGUCUAAGCGUGGGCUGCCUGUUGUUCAUGUGAGCCAUACAAUGCUUUGAAAAAAAAUGAAAGCGAUAGUUUGAGUAUGUGGGACAGGACAAUCAGACUGAUUUCAUCAACAAAAAACGCAGCAGUACUUGAAAACAGCGUUGAAAAACACUGAAAGGAUACAAACCUUGACGGGUUUUGAAGGACAGGUAACGGUCAACAUUGUAUUAACAUCAGUUGUUGUUAAUUUCUGCCUCUUAGAAAUUACUUGACGGAGAAGUGAUGUAUUGUUGAUACUUUUAAGGUGAUGUUACACGAGAAGAUUCGCAACGACGAUAUUUAGCGCAACACAGCGUUGAAACAUUGUUGCGACAUUGUUUUGAAUAGUCACAACAUUAUUUCAACGUUGCGACGCUGUGUUCCGCUAAAAAUCGUUGUUGCGAAAUCACCUUUAGGCCCCUUUUAUGUGGAGAAAAGUUGUGCGGGGUAGAAGAGUCACCCUCCCAGCCAACUUCCUAAGUGCUGACUGUGGGAACGCUUUUUUCCAUUACAGUAAGUAUUCCUGAAGACUCCGACGUCGAAGGAACGGUGACGAUCCUGGAGACUUCAGAUCAAGACCGAGAUAAAAAUGGCAAGUUCGAAUGUAGCAUGGAAGACAUGGAUCUACAAACCAUGGAUACGUUUUCUGUCAGGCGGAUUCCUGAAGGCUGCGCCUUGGUGCUCAGGUCAUUCCUUGACUGGUCUACUGCAAAUCAGUACUCCUUCACGGUUCGCGCCACGGACCAAGCUGAUGCUGCGCAGCGGAAGUCAGCGGUUGCAACUGGUAAACAGGCCUUUUCGUUUUCGUCAAGCGUGAUCAAUUUUAAGUUUGACGCUGUGGUUUUUACAACAACAAAAGUGCCCCCCACCUGCUGGUCAGGUUUCACAAAAGCGAGGCUUGGAGAUAGCUAAUGUGACACAUAAACUAUUGGUAUCCUUGAGGUACAUAACGUACAUUUACCCUUUGUCACAAAAUAAACUGUCACUAUUUCCCAAUUUGAUAAAGUCAAACCUCGUUGAUACGGAUACUGAAGGGAUCAUAAAAGUGUCCUUAUUAACGGGGUGUCCGUAUUAAGCGGGUCGUGUUAUUUAAGUCACAAAGACACCUUUUAUUACUCAGAGGGAAAAAUUAGUAAAGAAACAAAACAUGACAUUAGCAUUGUCAAUUAGUGUAACAUCUCUAACCUUUACAAAGCCGUCAUUCCGCGGACUAAAUCCACUGAAACAAUGAAAGAUUGCUCAUUGAUUUACUACUUAGGGGAUCAUAGUGACAUACCGUAAAAUUCCGAAAAUAAGCCCCUCCACGUACAAGCUCCUCCAAAUAUAAGCCCCCCAAACCGGUAACGCAAAAAACCCUCCGUUAAAUCGCCCCUCCAAAUAUAAGCUCCCCAGGGGCUUGUACUUGAAAGAUUGCCCUCAAAUACAAAGUAAACAAAGCCAAAAUGGUAAAUUUACUUCCAACUACAAGGCUAGCCCAAUCGAUUUGGAAACGCACCAAUGUUGAUUUGGCAAGAAACAAGUGUCCGUUGUCCGUAUUCGUAUGAAGCGGGUUGAAUUAAGAGAAAAUUUAAGGGCUUUCCCCAGGGACAAAGAAAACUGUCCGUAAUAACGAGGUGUCCGAUUAAGCGGGUGUCCGUAAAGCGCGGUUCAACUGUAUAUAGAUUCGAAAACAUUUUACGGAAAUUACCAAGAAAGGAUAAUGGAGCUAUUUUGAAGUGUUUCCUUUCUGUUGCAGUGACCAUUCACGUUCAAGACACCAAUAAUCACAGACCCGAGUUCCUACAGUCGUCCUACUGGGUGUCGUUGCCGAAUGAUGCCAACAUUGGAACAACAGUUUUAACUGUCAAAGCUUACGACCUCGACGAAGGCGACAACGCUAAAAUAACAUACAAACUUUCAAAUGAUAUGUUUGAUGUUCAUCCCUCUAAAGGUGUUAUCACACUGAAGCAGGGUUUCGGUUCUGUCACAAACAGAAAGUACGAAUUCUCUGUCAGGGCUACAGACCAGGGAAUCCCUAACAGACAGUCAGCCGUAAGUGUUUCGGUUUCCGUUCCCUCGCUAUCUUUCAUCCCUCCAAAAUUCAAAACUUCUGUUUAUCGCACAGUCGUCCCUGAAAAUUUCUCCACUGGGGUGGUGCUGUUAACGGUGCAUGCGCAGAAGAGCGUUAGUGUCCGUAGUUCUAUCGAGUAUUAUAUUGUUGGUGGUGAUCCGCAGGACCGGUUUAGCGUGGGCACACGAAGUGGCGUCUUUACUCUGAGAAAGUCGUUGGAUUAUGAAAAAGCUAAACAGCACGUUUUGGUUGUGCGAGCCGUGCAAAAGGGCUUGUCACGUGACAUACCGUCUCUUCCUACAGAGGUCAGUACGUACAGACUAAGUUUUUUUAAAAAUGAAAUUCUUUUAGUUUAUUUUGAUUUAGGAAAGGCUAUUUCACACUUAAACAUGACUAUAACAAAAUUCUCAAAUCUGAUUGGCUAUCAACUGCCCUGAUUUCAGCCUUAAUAAGACAAUUUAAUAGGACAGUACUCGUCAUGCCUAAGUAAUUGGACAGUACGCGCCAUCACGCGCGCGCUAAAAUGGCUUUUUUUCACUGCUAGCAAAAAAAAUUGGAAUUUCUUGUAUUUUCAUUUUAAAAAAGAGCCUUAUAUAUCACAAAUUUUGUUAAAGUCAUGAUUAAUUGGUAACAGAACUACGUGUCGUCCAAUUUGGUCCGUAAUCAUACUCGUGAUUAAACGAAUCGGACUCCCGGUCUUCCGAUUUUGUUAAUCACUCGUAUGAUUACAGACCGAAUUGGACUCCACUCAGUCCUGUUACCAUUACAUACCGGACAGUUUUUGCGCCGGAACGAAAACCAUACCGGAAAGGACGUCUGUUCAACAUAAGAACGGCGAUUUCGGCGCGAUUUCUUGAACUGAUCUAAAGUGGAGAAUCACAUAUCUUAUAGGCGUUCAUACUGCGUCGCAUAGCUUUUGGUGGCGGCACGAAAGGCUUUUCGGUAUAUAGUAUGAACAGAGCCUAAGUUUAGCUGUAAAAUGUAACUGCUAAGAUUUUUAAUGUAUAAUUAACAAUUAUUCCUAGAGCCCGAAUGAGCUCUGAGUCAAUAGCCCAGAGGGGAAUGAUUGUUUUUGUAAAAUCCAACUAGUUGGUCAAAGAUAUCUAGAAAAACAACUUUAGCUAGUUAAAGCAAGACUUUAGUCCGUUUUUUCCGCCCAAAAGCCGGCGCUUUUCGCUACUAGUGGGCUAUAACAUAUAGCCUAGUAGUAGCUCAACCAGUCAGAACGCAGCAUUGAUAAUAGACUACUAGUUGGAUUUUACUAAAUACAAAGAUUGUAGCUUAGUUAAGUCGUAUCUUUAACUCUGUCUGCGGUGAAAUUUGCAGUUAUUGUCAAAAUAUUAGUCAUUUUAGGAAAACUGUAGGACAUAGAAGAAAAACUUCUUACUUUGCCCUUGAAAUUGCUGGCUUCGCGUUUGAUAAUUCAUAUGUGUGGGAGGUGGGAACGAGACGUUCCUACAGAGGUUGGUACAUAAAGGCUAAGCUUUUCUUGAAAGAAACUUCUUGUAGAUCAGUUUAAUUCAGUUUAAGUACAUAGAAGAAGGACUUCACACUUUUAAAGUUUUGAAGUGCCAGUCUCACGUUUAAUAAUAUAUGGGAUUAGAGAGGGGGGAAUUUCCAGAAUUGAACCGGUACUUAAUUCAGUGCAUUCUUGAUUGUUUUGACUCAGGUUAAAGUGUUUGUAAACGUCACGGACGUAAACGACAAUUACCCGCGGUUCGCUCUUCCGAGGGAUCCUCUUGUUACAUCUGUUAACGAAUUCCAGCCCGCUGGUGCGGUGGUUGCCACGGUAAAGGCGUUUGACAAAGAUACCGGAAAUCACUCUAUAAUCACAUACGGCCUCAAGAACCUGUACAAUCCAUACAGUGGUGAUUUUCAAAUCCAUCGCACUCUAGGGACUAUAACGACUACCAAAGAGCUCCUCCAUUCGCAGGGUGCUACGCGCUCCUUCGUUGUCACGGCAACCGAUUCCAGCCAUCCGUUCCGGAAGGCGGAGGCGAAAGUGGUUGUAAUGAUAAAUCGUGCUAUUCCUCCUCCGCAGUUUGAUAAAGAAGAGUUUGCCGAAUUUAUUCCGGAAAACAUCCAUGUUGGCAAGUAUCAUUUUUUUCAUCUUCACCGUUACGUUGUAAUAGAAGAGGUUGCGUUUCCGUAUUACAGAGAUGCCUGUGAUACUAGGUUUCUAAUAAAAACCAUACUACGAAUAUGAUGACUGUUGUGAUAACGGCAUCCGUAUCAGAGUUUUCUGUAGAGUAAAAGAGUCUUCCUUUUAGAGAUGUCCACGGUGAGAAGUUUUCGGGCGACUCCACGUAGACUGCUUAAACGCGCACAGCAGUACAGAAGUCUUCCGAUCAAAUUCGCCGCUUAAAAAACGGGAAGGGAACAGGAGCCCGUUUCUCGAAAGGCCCGUUAACUUUUCGGGUUCGAAAGCAAAUUUUGAAAUCAAAACCAAUUGAAUAGUAGCAAAGUUUCUAGCUCACAAGCCAGUCAAUUUUGCUUCGUUAACUGAUAAUUUCAUUGUACCAUUUUCAAAAUUAUUGAAACUUUGAUCUUGAAUGCAAACACGGCAAGCGUAAAAGAGCUUUACGGGCCGAAACGUUAUCGAGACUUUCGAGGAACGGGCCCCAGGAGCCAACGUGCGUCCCGCAAAUUGUUUCUGGGAUCAUGAUUGGGGACGCGCCGAUCAGCCUUUUGGCCAAUUUUUUUUGCCCUGUUCGUAGUAACAGUCCCAGACGUCUGCGAAAGUUAACUCAUUCUAGUUUUCAUCUCAUUUCUUAAGUGACAAAUGCCACACCUUUGAAAUCAGUCUAACCUACAUCCUUGUGUUUGUUUUGGCAUAUUCCUUUUUUCUUAACUGAACAAACAUUGGCCGUUUUUAUACGAAGGACGCUUUAUCCGUCUGGACGAACUUGGGCAAACAUUUUGUAGUUCGUCUGGUUAUGCGUCUCUAGUAUGAAGACCGGUGCAAGACGCUUUAUGCGUCCAGACGAACUACCUUUCGUAGUGCGUCGUUCAAGACAUAUUUCGAAGGAAAGUUCGUCCAGACGCAUAAUGCGUCUUGUGCCCGUCUUUAUACUUGAGUCGCAUAACCAGACGAACUUCAAAAGCUUACUCAAGCUCGUCCAGAGGGAUAAUGCGUCCUUGGAAUAAAAAACGACCAUUGACCACGAGCCCAUACACAGGCGCAGAGGGAGCGCAUGUUGGCGCUGUAUGUUUUUUUAUUAAAUUGAUGUGUUCUGGCUAGUUUGACUGUUGACCAGUUUUGGAGUUUUAGAAACCCAAUGGGCUCUUUUGAUGAUGGCGUCACUUGACUUGAGCUACUAGAAUUCCUUUCGUAUUUGUUUCCUUCAAUCUGAGUUGUCUUAGUGAAGUUUACCACAGCAGUAGCUCUAAUUUGCAAAGGAACACAAACACUUGAAUGAUUCUGGUAGUUGUACUGAGUCAAUUUAUGUCAUCGUGCAAUUUUGUUUCUCGAUAAGAACCGCUCUAGUAGAGAGUUUUAUGCCUAUAAAGCAAUUAGAAAAACUACAGUAGAAGUAAAUAUUAACAGUAAAAUGUGCUGACCACCUUACAUUUAUUGUUUCAUUUCUCUUGAAUUUUUCAGGUAAAUCCUUGGUUCAUUUUAACCCACAGCAGAAUGCUCGCUCGGUUCUGAAAUACGAGUUCGUAAGUGGUAAUGGUGGUAAUUUUUGGUGUUUAGACAUCACUGGUAAGAUCCGGGUGAACAGGCGACUCCAUAACGAACAGGGAACUUCUCAUCAUCUCAAGAUCACUGUGCACGAUGGCUCCAGGGUUUAUCGCAGACUAACAGCCUUGUUUAACGUUGAUGACGUAAACGACAACGCACCCAAAUUCACUUCGAACAGUUACAAGUUUUACAUCCUUGAGAAUGCAACCGAGUAUGACAGUGUAGGGACUGUAUUAGCUGUAGAUUAUGAUGAAGGGUCGAAUUCCUUGGUAACUUACUCCAUAGCAGGUGUGGAGGAUGCCAGGUCUGUUGGUAAAUUUGAGAUCGACCCAGACUCUGGUCUUCUGAAGACUGCAAGAGUACUGGACAGAGAGACCAUGCACCAACACGUGGUCACAGUACGUGCAGAGGAUCAUGGGAAUCCAAGACUUCGUUCUUUGACGCGUGUUACUGUAGUUGUUCUUGAUGUGAAUGAUAAUGACCCGGUCUUUGCAACAGACAUCUUCAGCACUUGGGUUCCAGUUGAUAUGAAAGUUGGGUCCAGUAUUUUCGCUGUAGUGGCGUUCGACAAAGAUUGGGGAGAAAAUGGAGUCCUGAGGUAACUUUUUAACGAUUCAUAAUUCUUUUUAAGCACAAGUGCAAAUAAGAAUUUAGAGCCGAGACAGUCAUCACGUUAAAUUAUCUCCUUGCAAUGUAUAGAAAGGGUUUAAGGUCAUCUCGCCAUUACGUAAUAACUUUGCAAUAAUCGACGGUGUUUACGUGUCUAGCUGUUUUACUUCUUCGUCAAGCCCAAAUACAAAUCUGUUGAUCGUAAUUGACGAUCCUUACGUCGAACUUCUCAUGGUGGCGAUUUCGUUAGUGGCAAGAUGGUUUGGUGGCGACCUGUCCGGAUAUUAGACAAAGAAGAUCAUUUCAAAAAUAUUACAGUAUAACAAUAGCAAUUUACUUUAUUUUUAUCCUAGAUAUUCUGUCAUCGGGAGAAACGCGGAGAAAUUCAUCACUCUUGAUCCUGCAGACGGUUCUGUCGUUCUUUCUCGCCCCUUGACGUCUCUAAAGCCAAUAAAGUUCACAGUCAUGGCACGUGAUCUCGGAUAUCCUGUUAGAAACGCGACCGCUGAUGUCGUCAUCUCGAUUAAUGCCGUGCCAGGCCCCCCUCGAUUUCUGUUGCCAUCUUACGUAGCUCGGGUCGUAGAAAAUGAAAAGGCCGGAACCGGGGUUGUUCGUUUAGAGGUUGCAAGCGUCGAUCCAGUGAUUUCCUUUGCUUUUUUGAACGGAAAUGAUAAAGGUGAUUUUCAUUUACGAGCGGAGACUGGACUGAUCACGACUGCUGGACCGCUGGAUUAUGAAACCGUCGCGCGGUAUGAGCUUAUUGUCAUGGCAACAGACAGCAGCAAUAAAAUGAAUUACGUCAAAGUGGUUGUGCAAGUGGAGAACGUCAAUGAUAACGAACCACUCUUUGUUGGUGUGCAGGGUGGAAUGCUUGAAGGACAGAUCUUAAUGGACGCCAUUGGUAAUAGUCACGUGAUGUGGGUAAAGGCACGUGACCGAGAUACGGUUGACAUCAUUACAUAUAAAAUUCUUGACGAGCGUGCAGCGUCAUAUUUUCGUAUUGACUUUGAAGGAAGGUUAAGAACUCGGAAAGCUCUUACAGGACUACAGUCGCCGUACGUGUUUAAAAUUGAAGCUUCAGAUAAUGGGAUUCCUUCUAAAAGAGCCGUUACCUCUGUACGUCUUGUUCUUCUGAAAUAUCACACUCAACAAAAAGAACUGCAAGCCAGUGUUGCUGAGGACGUGAAGCAAGAGGCCACAAUUAUCAAAGUCAAGGACUCUGCAGGCAUUAAAAAUGCUCGUUUUACCAUUAUAUAUCCCGUGGGAUCACCUUUUGAUAUAAACGAGGAAACUGGGUCUCUGAACAGUGUGCGACCACUUGACUUUGAAACAAUACAAAAUUACUCCAUUAUUGUUCAGGUUCAAAACUCUUUGGAUUUAAAUGACUACACCAAUAUCGACGUUGUGAUCAAAAUCCUAGACGUCAAUGACAAUUCACCUGUUUUUACUAUGGAGAAGACCAGAGGGUUGUACCUGGCCAGGGUCAAUAGGAACCCCGUGCAGGGGACGGUGGUGUACACGUUGACAGCAUCAGACCGAGACUCAACAGGACAUCUGCGUUACUCGCUAGUCAGCAGUGAUUUUAAUAGCUUUUUCGAAGUCGAGGCUGAGAGCGGGAAUGUAAAGACACGUGGUCAGCAGGGCGGCCUGCUUACGGCAGAUUUUUACAAUCUGACUGUUCGCGUGAGUGAUAGCGACACGCCUUCGCGUCACGCGGAGGCUUUGCUUACUGUUCAAGUGGGAGAGUACCCCCCGGUGUUCGGCGAGGAAGAAUAUGUGUUUAACGUGGAGGAGAACACGCAGAAGGGAUUUACGAUCGGCUACAUCAAGGCGCGAAGCUUCUCUGGUGCAUCACUUUCUUAUCGUGUUGUGCACGGUAGGUAAUACUUCUUUUGUUCAGCCGGGUUAAGUUUUCACAGUCUUCUAUUUCUUGGUGUGCUUGUCGUGAGGAAUUGCUGAGUUUGAAAAGUCGCUAUGCUGCUUUCAUAUGGUGACUGGGGCGAGUGCAAAUUGCCAGUUAAGUAGGGGGUUGUCAGCACAGAAUUUCCCCUCAUCCCAACCCUAUCAUGUCCCUACCCUCCCCCUCCCCGCGGACAAUUUGCACACUUCCCGGUUUUCGCUCGCCAUAAGAAAUCAACAUACAGUGUACUUGGAAUUCGACCUCGGCAAUCUUACGGAAGCUAGAAUGAUAUGUAGCGUCGUUGGAGCGUAUUUGUUGGCUAAAUUUUAGGAUACUUGUUUAAAUGACGCUUCUGCGAAGAUGCAGUAGUGUAGUGGUAAGAAAAGCUGAUGGUCGGUCAUUCAAUUAGGCAUUUUAACUGUGGUUGUGUUUUUUUCCUUGGACAACAAACCUUUCUUGUCCAUGGGUUGUCACGCGAUGGCCUUUGCAUAAUAGUUGCGACGUUUUGACUGCUUAUUGCUGGUGUUAAAAAUUGUGAUUAUGUUGUCUGCUUCAGGCUGUGUGCAUUUACCAGUAAUGCGGCUUCUGAUGUCCCGGGGGGGACAUCAGCAGAGGAGCUGAUGAAUGAGCGAACACGGAGACUAAUAGAAAUAUUUAGAGAGUCACGUUUACGGCAAACGGUAAACGUGAGUUUGUAUCACGUGACCAAGUUUCCCCUUUACUUGUCGUUUACUAUUCAUUAGAGCGAUUUUCUUAUGACCUUGAAAAAUGGUUUCGGUAAGUGUUCGUUAUUUCUUUUAUCUGCCAGUGGAUGAAAAAGUCAAAACAUGGACUCUUCAUUUUCCCGCCAAAGAAACCCUAAUAUGGAGAAGGCAUUGUUCGAUUGGCCAAUCGUGUUGCAGUAUGACGUCAAAGCGAAGUAUCGAUUGAUUUCUAGAAAGUUCUCGGGCAUGAAGUUUUUUCACCCGAGCGUUCGCUUAACCAAAAAAGGUCCACGCGCGUUUGUAUCCGUUCGAUAAACCAGUCAAAUCGCUCUAUUUCCGUUCGUUUGUUGUUUCUGUUUUGUUCGUGCGUUUUCAUUUCAAAGUCAUACGAAAAUAACUAACUCUAUAACUACACGGAAAUGAGUGGAUUCGUGCCAGUUUUAACCAUAAGAACUUUUCAGAGCUGUUUUUAUCUGCUCAUCUUCUAUUUUGAGAAAUUCUCAAGUUAAAUCUGACGUUCGCCGUAUGCUGUAAACUCAACUCUAAAUCUCUGAGGUGGACUAACAUGAGACAAGCAAUGAACACUGCUAUCAUUUCAAACCCAUUAUCUCCUCACCCCGUCCCUUUGCGCUUUAGGUCUCUGGGAAAAUACGGUGUUGAUCUGUUUUUCCUGAUUUUCCCCUCUCCUUACAGGAAGAACGCAAAAUAAAGUUAGUUUGGAUAGCAACACUGGGCGCCUUGCUCUUCCUGAUCCACUGGAUUAUGAACGCGACUCGAACGUUUACUACCUCAGAAUACGAGCGGAGGAGGUUGGAAGUCGCUUCUCUCGUCGUCAGUCCUCCGAAGUGAACGUACAAAUUCUCCUCAAAGAUCUUAACGACAACUCACCGGAGUUCUCUCAACAACGAUAUAGGUACAGUGACAAAUGUUUUGGUUAUAGUUUAGUUUUCGUUCUAUUUCAGUUACAAAAAGGUUUUGUUUUUUUUUUUUUUGCAAAACUUAACACAAGUAUGAGAAAACGGAUGUUUGUUAUCAACUCCAUCUUGAAUUUAAUCGCGCGAGAGAAAAGUAAAAAGUCGCCUUCGCAGUGAGACGUGUGACUGCGGUGAAAUAAUAGUAUUCGGCUUUUUUAACUUGCAUCGAUUUUCAAUCAGGAAAUUUUGUUUAAAGACUCAUUGGGGCUUUUUAUACGAGAGGCGGAAUAAGACGCCUUUAGCGUAGAACACCGUACGAACUUCCAAUAAAGGGCACUUUUUCUGAAGUAAGACGCGAUUAAGCUUAGAAGCGUCUUACCUUAGAAUAGCCUGUAAUACUUGUUCUAAGAUAAGGAGUGUCUUAGCGAAGACUAAGAAAACCUCAUGAAAAAUGACAUUUGCGUCUCAUAAACGACACGAACGCAUGGAAAGCAUAUGAAAUCUUAACACGCGCCAUUUUGGAUAUUCGUUGCUAUGGGCAACAGUCACUCGAAAAUGAGACUGGGACUAGAGGCCUGUUUACCCGAUAAUUAACGGACCUGGGGCCUGUUGGUAGCUUUUCGGGCUCGGAAAGCUGUUUUAUGUUUGCUGUUUCACAUUCAGAUGGUUACUGGGGUGAGUGUAUUUAGUUGGGGGUUGUGAGCACGUAAUUUCAUCUGAGCCAAACCAUACCAAGUCCUUGCACUUCCCCUCCCUGCGCACAAUUGUUGUGAGUUGUUUGUGUCCUAUUUCACACAUUCUCGUAUAAAUGGUAGAGUUCGCCUCUCAUGUGUUUUGGUUUUUCCUCGUAUUGAGUGGCCCUUUUUUUUUAUUUUUCUUAUCUUAUGGUAGAUACACGUUACCGGAAAGCGCCCCCGUAGGCACAACUGUGCUGUCAGUAAUAGCACAGGACAGUGAUUCAGGAAUAUAUGGUCAAUUUAGAUAUUACGUGGAAAAUCCUUUUUUCGCUGUUAAUCUCUUUACUGGGGAAAUCACCACAACCAAACCGCUGGAUUAUGAGACUGCAAGCUCACAUACCUUUGUCGUGUUGGCGCAAGAUGGCGGAAGCCCAGCGUUAAAUGGGACAGCGUGGGUUGAAGUGACACUUACUAACGUGAAUGAUAAUCCUCCGCGGUUCACACAGACAAUAUACAAUGAAUAUGUGACAGAGGAUGCUGGCCCGGGGGAACUGGUUACCACUGGUGAGUCUCUAGAGCUGGAUCAAACCCCUCCCCUAAGUUAACAUUUUGCCCUAAGUCAGAACUAAGUGUUAAUGUUAGCUUAGGGGAGGGGUAGGUGGGCAGUUUCCCAGAAGCCUACAUUGAUCUCAAGAGCUUAACAGCUUUUAAAUAAUUCAAGAGCUAAACCGGCCGAAAUGUUUUUUUGGUUGUGCAUGACUUUCCUAGAAUGCCCUUAAAACUUAGGCUCAUUUACUAGCCGAUAUGUAAACCCGGGUUGUUGAGAGAUGGAUGCAAACCGGAUUUCCUCAAACGGCUGGAAAUCAAGCCUAUUUAAGGCUGUGUUCUGAGUAAGAAAACUUACAGGGAGACCAACGCUCUUAGCAUACGAGUAGUCCUUCAUUUCUCUCAGGGAUACAAGACCGAGCAAACCACGCGAGUGUGCGUAAAAAAGCCAAGUUCCUAAUAAAAACCAGGGCACCCAGCGAUUUCCUAGUAGCGUAAGGGUAAAAAAAAAGUUGCAAUAGUCCAUAAUGAUUGUGAAACAGCUGAAGUUCUCUUAACAGAGAAGGUAUCCAUUCGUUGUCUUCUUUAUUUUCCUUUGCUAACUUAUAGUUUAACUAAACUUUUUCCCGCCAAAACUUCAUGAAUGGGCAACUGUGGCGUAAGAAGGUGACAGUGCUGUGCUAAUCAAGAAAAAAACAUCGCGAGUGUGAAGUUGUUUUGACGUAAUGUUUCUCGUGUCAUUUAACAUGUUUAAGGUAAAUAUUAUAAAGAUGCGAAAGUGAAAGUGGCUGUCUACACUUCUUCCUUCUAUUUUGUGCCAACGGAAAAGGCAGUUGCUUCGUUGGUUUAAUACCUUUAUUUUGCUGUACUCUUCAAGUGACUUAGUUACUCCUCCUUCGAGCAAUAAGUCUGAUAUGCUUCUCUUGGGUUUCAGCGUUUAUCGGUACAAGACCUCACUCCUGCAUUUAAGUGUUGAUUACUUUAGUGCUAACAUGUCUAUUUCUUGUCUGUAUAGUUCAAGCAAGCGACUUAGAUCUCGACCCAGUCUCGUACAGCAUCAUGUCCGGCGACAACAGGAGCAAUUUUGUGAUUGACAGCCGUACAGGCGUUGUCCGAUUAGUGAAGCACAGGCAACCCAAUCUUGUUGGUCCGCUGUACGUUCUGAACAUCAGUGCCUCUGAUGGACUGCAUGUAAGCCAGGCAGUGCUGUUGGUGGCCAUACAAGACAUAAAUAAUCACAAGCCUGUGUUCAAAGACUGUGACAAGUAUCGGCCAGUCAUUGCGGAAGACAUAGCCAUAGGCUCUCCUGUAAUUCAGGUUUGUAGUGUUUAUCUUUACUAACGAACCUCUUUGAAGGGCUAGUGUUGGUAAGUAUCAGGUUAAGUUGGAAUCUGCCAAGCGAUCUACUAUCCGAACGCCUGCAACAGGCUAGUGUUUUCUUGACCUUUCGUACAUCGCCUCUUUAUUUACUUACGUUAAGAAAAUAAGAGUUAUCGUCCGUUCGCGCGUUAAGUUUACACGACAGCGAAAACUCAUCGUCUGUUGCCGGCGCUUCUUAUUCUUAAUCUUCUCUACAUUGCAGGUGAGCGCUGAGGAUCGCGAUAUGGGAGAUAAUGGCAAGGUCAGUUAUCACAUUGAACGUCCAACAGACGGCAGGGUUUACUUUGAAAUCGACAGUGACUCCGGUCUUGUGACUACAGCCGGGACCUUUGACCGCGAAAAGAAGCGAUCUUACCAGAUAAGAAUCACAGGAAAGGAUGGGGGAUCCAGUCGUCAAGAGGCAGAAAGGCUAAUGGGAUUUUGCCAGGUGGAGAUAACAAUAGGUGACGUAAACGACAACUCGCCCAUAUUUGGCAACCAGGCUUAUACAACUAACGUCAAUGAAGACCUAGAGAAGGGCCAGAUCGUACUACAUGUAAGCGCCACCGAUAUGGACGCCGGAAGUAAUGCCCUUAUAACCUACACCUUUGAAAGACCCAACUUGCAAUUUAGGAUUUCUAACACCUCUGGCGUAAUAACUACAAGAACAAAACUGAAAUCUUCAAAAUACAGGUUUUCGGUGAUCGCUCAUGACAAUGGAAUCCCUAGCAAGCAAUCCAGGGCGGAUGUUGUCAUUAACGUGUACAAAGCCGGAAAAAAUCCGCCGAAAUUCAGCAAAAGCGUGUACACCGCGCGUGUGCGCGAGGACGUGUUACCACAACAGAAUGUGACGAGCGUACAUGCCACGAGCCUCGACCCCAACAACAUGAUUUUCUACACAAUUGUGAAUCAUCCGCAGCCUUUUUCCAUCGAUCACAUCAAAGGCAUCGUACGAAGCCUGUGGACUCUUGACUACGAAAAAGCUGCCAACCACACCGUCCAUAUCCGUGCACAGGAUACCCAAAACCCGCCGCUGGUGGCGUUUACGCGGCUCGAGAUUUUUGUUGAAGAUGUAAAUGACUCGCCGCCUGAAUUCCCGGUCUCUCGGUAUGAAGGUCAGGUUGCUGAGAAUUCUCCAGUGGGUAGCUCUGUUAUUGAAGUGAAAGCUGUUGACGCCGAUAAAGGACAGAAUGGACAAGUGUCUUAUAAGUUCUUAAGGAAGGAAAGCUACGCCUCCUUUGACAUUGACCCAGUCACUGGACUAAUUUCAACCAAAAAGGUGAAAAAUCAGCUGUUAAGAGAGUCUUAAUAGUUUGAGCUAAAUUAGUAAAUUUGCCACAGCAUAAUAUAAUCUCUUUGCGUUGCUAAACUUUAAUUAUCAUCUCAUUGAUAAAACUAAAAUUCUCGUGUUUCACCCCACUACUAAAGCAGCACCACAAUUUUUGAAAACUUACUCCUAUAUGAUUUGUGUCAAACAACACUCUUCUUAAGAUUAUCAAUACCAAAGCUGCGUCAAUGGUAUUGGCGCAUUCCCCACAUUAAAACCGAGAAGGGAACUGGGCCGAGUUAACUUUCGCAAAGGCGUCUGGGACUGUUACUUAAGACAGGAAAAAACCCAAUAACGAUCCCAGAAGUCUUUGCGAAUAUUAACUCGGCCCAGUCCCCUUCUCGUUUCUAAAGUGGCGAAUAGUUUAGAAGCAUUCUUGAUCCCGCCCUCCCCUUCCCUCCCCUCCCCUCCCCUCCACUCCCCCUAUAGAUUAAAGGGGGAGGGGGCGGGUAUGUUUUAAUAAUAAGUAGCUAAAGCAACAACGACGACGACGUCUACGAAAACGUCACUUAAAAAGUGAAUUCGCUCUGCCUCAAACUUAAUUGCGCUUAUUCCAUCUCGUCAAAUGUUGGCAAAUAUUUCUGGAGUUGAAUUCUAAAGGACUAUAUCAAAGUUCAGGAAAAGGAAAAGAAAGUCGUCUUCGUUCACGUCCUCGACAAAACGUGCAAUUAGGCACUUUCACGUUGUAGUCGUGCAGCGACGGUAACGAAAUGUACAAUAAAGCAAGAUACACGUGCAGAGUUGUUGUUUUGCUUGUCUAAACCUAUUUGCUUUUUUGCCGUUCUCGUUGCCGUCGCCGUCGUCGUUGCUUAAGCUCCCUAACAUUGCGUCAAGUGUCUCAGACUUAAAAUCUUAAUAACUGCUGGUGCAUAUGAUAAAUAUAUUGGUAUUUAUUUGUUAAAACAUAGGUGUUCGACCGGGAGAGGACUGGGCGCUACACUUUAAUUGUCCAGGCACGUGACAGUGGCGACAUACCAAAAUCCUCCAGCUGUCUUGUUGAUGUCAUCAUCAGCGACAAGAAUGACCAGACGCCCGCGUUUCAGCAGCCCGUGUACAACGUGAGUGUGUUUGAAGAUAUCGCCAGAGGGACACGCAUUUUAUCAGUGACGGCAGUAGACGAUGAUAUCGGAAACAAUGCCAAAGUUCAAUAUUACAUCACUGCGGGGAACAAGGGGGCCGCUUUUGCGAUAAGCAAGGAUCUAGGACAGAUUGUUGUCGUUAGCUCAUUAGACAGGGAGACACAGGACUACUAUCAACUUAUUAUAAGGGCACAAGAUGGCAGAAACGCUGGUACGGCUGUGGUUAACAUACUUGUUAAAGAUAUCAACGAUAACAACCCAAAGUUUUCCAAUAAUUCAUAUAUAGCUUAUGUGUACGAGAACCAAGCUAACGGUAGUUACGUGACCACUCUGUCGGCUACCGAUAAAGACCUGGGACUUGGUGGAAAGUUUUUAUUUUCUAUAAGCGGUCAGGGUAGAGACGCGUUUGAAAUUGAUGCCUCGACAGGGGUUAUGAGAACAACUAAGUCUCUUGAUCGAGAGGCUAAGGCUCGUUAUGUUUUUCUUGCGUUCGCUACUGAUAAUCCUUACUCAGACGCCGGUUCGAGGAGGACUGGGUCGUGUGACGUCGAGGUUAGGAUCCGGGACAAAAAUGACAACCCGCCGAGGUUCCCGGAUGGUGAGUACGAAGGAGGCGUUCAGGAGAAUCAGCUACCGGGUAAAGAAGUCAUGACUAUGUUAGCGGUUGACGAUGACGACCCGAACGAGAACGGAAACGCUGUCUUGAGUUACCAACUUCUAGACGAUUCGGGAGGCCUGUUCAAAAUAGAUGCUCAUUCGGGCCUAAUCACCACGCUUGCGAUGCUUGACCGAGAAUCACGCGAUGAAUACCGACUGAUUGUCAAUGCAACAGAUCGAGGUGAACCUUCGCUUUCGGGUCAAACCGAAGUUAAGGUCAGGGUCACGGACGCCAAUGACCACGCCCCUCGGUUUGUGAAGGAAAAGUUCGAAUCGAGUGUCUUCGAGAACGCUUUGGUGGAUUCCUCUGUGAUGCUGCUUAACGCAACUGAUGGAGACAUUGGAAUCAAUGCUAAGCUGAAGUUCAGUAUCAUAGACAGUGAUAUUAAGGGGGAGGAGGACAGUAGCAGAAUGUUCCGCAUUGUAGAGGGGACGGGAGAGUUGCGAGUGGCCAGGAGUUUAGAUUACGAGACUAAGAAGGAAUAUCACCUCAAAAUCUUGGUGAGUGUUUCGUUGUACAGCAAGACAUAACUAAUAAGUAUCUUGAAUAUGAUUGUCCAGGUGGCUGCGUUCUUGCUGAAUUUUGUUGCGCCGAUGCUAAGCAACGAUUAGCAGGCUGCAUAGCCUGUGCCAGACUCUCAGAUGAUAGAGAGAUCGCGAAAACAAGCCAGGUGAAAACAAGACGCGCAGAAAUAUCGAAGGGGAGCCUUCUCUCCCCCAACCUCCGCGCGUUUGUGCGUCUCUUGGAGCCUGGGACACGCUGAAGACGGUAUGGCCCAGUGGCUUAGGACAUUACAUAUGAUUCGGUCUUCCGGGAUUAAAUGCCUUUUUAACCACUAGCUGAGGUUGUUAUUGGAAGCUCCGAGUCCUAAUUCUUGUUCAUAGUUGUAAAUAGCCAUCUGAUUUGUCCCUGGCUAGUUUAGUACGUAUUAUGUUUUACUGAUUUAGCAUAUCUGUUGAUACCUAUGUUUGUCGGCAACCGUAUGAACCACUUGGUUACCAGUAAUUGUGUUUCCCCUAUGAAGUUACUUUAUUGAUUUUUGUGGCAAGUUGUAAUUUUUCAGUUGGUAUAUUGUGACUUCUGUCACUAAUUAUUGUAAAAAAUGAGAAAAACAAAUUUUCAUCGUCAGGCGAAAGGCCACUGACAAUUAACUGUCCUAUUAAUGCUAAAAUAAAAUUGCUUGUAACCAUUCAGAUCAGAGAAUUUUUGAAAGAGCAACUAAUAAGUCAAUUAACUUUAUGGUUAUGGUCUUCAUUUAGGUGCGUGAUUCAGGCGACCCUUCUUUCUCUGAUACAGCUGAAGUAACAAUCGAAAUUAAAGACUACAAUGAUAACCCACCGGUUUUCAGUCCCGUGGGAUACGGGACUAAAGUGCGGGAGGAUAUCGACCCUGGAUCAUAUCUAAUGUCGGUAACCGCCCGUGACUCAGAUACGGGGACAAACAAGGACUUCAAGUAUUCGAUUUUUGAGGGAAAUCCCGAUAAACAGUUCCGUAUCGAUCCGAAACAUGGACACGUGUAUGUGAAUCAAAGGCUGGACAGAGAGACCCAGGAGAGCUAUCUGCUUACUAUAAGAGCCACCAAUAUAGGUAGGAACUGUGUAAAAAUUGGUGCAAAAAGCUUUUUGGUUCACAAACGAUUUUGGGGACAAAACGAAGUGAUUUUGUUAAGUUUGGUUUGCGCCUUCGAGUGCAAAAAUGUAUUUAUUGAACAAAACAUCAAAAUUACGAGCGUUAUGCCACCCGCGUUUUCGCGUGAAACUCAAUCCAAUCGGAGUUUUGUGGCUUGUGAGGGCUUUAAGUUUACCAUUUCAUGUUGCGAAGAAAGUUAUUUUAUCUGUUUUGCAGCCGAGCUAGUGUUUUUGAGCCAGACUGAAGCUGCAGAGGAUCGCUUCGGAACAGCUUCGGAACAGCUUCAUUUUGUUCCAAAUAUGUCCCCGGGAAAAACAGUCUCGUUUUCGCCGUGCUUUUGCUAUAAGAAAAGAAAUUAUUCGCGUUUAAGUAAAAGAUAAUGAAUUAAUGAAAGGAUAAAUUAAUUAAUGCUCUUUUGUUUUGUUUUCCAAGCAUUUCCCCGGCUAUACGGUCAUGCCACAAUGAAAGUCACCUUAAUUGACGUUAACGACAAUGGCCCCACCUUCCAUCCAUCCGAAUUCCACUUCAGUGUCAAAGAAAACACCGCGCCCUCCCAGACCAUCGGAAAAAUCAGCGUCAGUGACCCGGAUGGUGAUCUGUUAAACCAAGGUCCGUUCUUUUUUGAGAUCGUCAGCGGUAACGAGGAUGGCUUUUUCGCACUUAACAACCGAACGGGAGAUUUCUCGACCAAAACCAAGUUUGACCGGGAAAAACUGGAUAUUUACACGUUACUAAUACGGGCUUCGGAUAGUGGAACGCCAAAGAUGAGCUCUGAUACCAGGGUUUUUGUACACAUCUCAGACGCUAAUGAUAACCCACAUUCCCCUGGCAACUUAAAGCUGCUGCUCAACUCAUACCAGGGCAAAUUCCCCGGUGGGAGGGUGGGGAAGGUGUAUGUGGUCGACAAAGACACCGACGACAAAAGAAUCUACGAAGUAGUUACGAACGACUCCGAUUAUUUCACGGUUGAACGAAUGACUGGGAUGAUAGUGAGCCGUCCGAAUCCCCCAAAAGGGAGGUACUUUUUGACAGCCAGAGUAUCUGAUGCUAGCGGUUCGUUUGCCAACGUCAUAUGCUCGGUAACUAUAGAGGUAAAGGAAGUGACUUCUGACGCCAUGCGUAACAGCAUGGCUAUAAGACUCAGCGGCGUGCAACGCGAAGGUUUUGUAACGACUGUAUUACCGCGUUUUAAGGAGUCUGUGGCAAGCAUUCUUCAGACGAACGAAGAAAAUGUGGAUCUGUUUAGCGUUCAAAAUGCACCAAAAACUGACAACGCGGUUGACGUGCGCUUCGCGGCGCAUGGAAGCCCUUAUUACACCCCAGAGAGGAUGACUGCUAUCCUUAAAAACAACAGGCCCAACUUAUCUAAGGCGCUCCAGGAUUUUCACGUGAAUGUAUCGGUUAUUGGCGUGGAUGAGUGUCUGUACGAGACGUGUGAGUCGGGUGGAUGUGAGAAUGUGUUGGUUGCGAAUGGAGAAGUGGAAGUUAUUUCUGUAAAGAAGACUUCCUUUGCUUCUAUUGUGGCGAUUCUUACAGCAAGGUGUGGCGAUUGUGAUGGAAACAGAAAGGAGACCGAUUCGUGCGGGUCAAAGCCCUGUUUGAACGGAGGCACGUGCGUCGAGAUACCUGAGGGUAAGUUCUAAAAGUUGAGUGUAUAGAGCUUAUUCGCCACUUUGGGAGCGAGGAAACUUGGCCUAGUUGAUCUAAGACUGUCACUAGGAACAGUCAAAAAAGUUGGCCAAUGGUUGACCGGUGCGUCCCCAGUAACCAUCCCAUAAAUAAUUGCGCGACGCAUUUCGGCUCCAGUUCCCUUCUCGCUUCUUAAGUACUUAGAUGAGAACCUUCUUGUCGUGGGGAGAUUUCUACUGAUUACGACCGCAGAGACUACAGUAUUUUUUAAUGGAAUGCCUUAAUAUCCAUAGCAAAACAAAUCUAAGUGAUGAGACUUCACAAAAAGAACAAUGAACAAACUAAAAGUAAAAAUACAUUAAAAACACUGAAAAACAACUUUUAAAAUAGUUUUUUGUUUUUGCAAGCAGUAAGUUGGUUAACCUUAACGCUAUACAAAGCGAGUGAAAGGAGGCGUAAAGAACUUUUUAGACUCUUGUCAAAGGGUUUGCCUUGUAAAUUUGUAAAACGGGAAAAAUAUAUCAUUCUUUGUAUCUUGUAGCCUGCAGUGCAGUCGUAUUUUGGGUCGGCGAAACCUUGUUCGUGUUCGUAUUGUUGUAGCCGCCAUCUUUGAUUUUAUGACAGUGGAAGAUUGGGGAGGGUAGAUAUAGUAACCCUUAGGGUAGGUGCGAGGGCGAAAGGAGGGAGAUGGAGGGAGAAAAAAAAACGCCGUUUUCUCUUCUCUCUCCCCGCCGAUUCCCCGCCCCUCCCGCUCCCUUGGACUCGCCCCAUUUCCUCUUCUUUUUGGGAAGUUUCAACAUGGCGCUUUCGCGAGGAAAAACAUUUGCGCGACCGAAGAAAACGCCUACACUCCAGGCUUUGUAUCUUGUUUUUUUUUACGAUGGUUAUUGCAAUGUCUCUGUAGGAUACAUAUGCCGCUGUUUUGGUGGCUACGAUGGUCCUAACUGCGAGCUUACCACUCGGAGCUUUGAGCCUGGAGAAUGGAUAUGGCUACCCCCUCCCCAGCAGUGUACUGUGGGGUCACUCUCCUUGGAGUUUGCUUCAAGAGAGGCAAAUGGAUUGUUAUUAUAUGGAGGACCAACCAGUCCCGUGGGGAAUGGGGACGUAUACGAUUUUAUCACCUUAGAGCUGUCGGGAGGGAAGAUCCUGGUGUCCAUGUCUCUAGGGGACCUAAACGAUGUAGUGCGCCUUGGUGUGACAAGUGGGAUGGCCCUGAAUGAUGGCGAGUGGCAUCAUGUAGAGGUGUUCAGGGAUAAGACGGUAAACACCUUUUUGCUAUUUUUGUUGUUUUUUGGAGGGGUUUAUUGAGCUUUUUAUUUAGACUCAGCAGUUUUUGUAACACAGAGCCUUGUGAAGGCGACCAAAUAACUUGCGAAAGAAAUACAUCAAAUGCAGCAGGAAAGGCUGGAGUGCGUUAUCCUUUAUCGUUACGUAGCUGGAAAAUUUUCCACGUCGUUAGUGCACGCUCUCUUUGCUUACUUCAAAGUCACAUGACAUCUAACAAUGAAUCUGUUUCCCGCCGAAAUUCUCUAAGCGGGCAACGUUGCAAAAUCUUUGGCGCCAGAGGGUAACAUUUUACUUGAAUGUUAACCGUUCGCUUAGAUUUACUUCGUUAAAAUUGUACACUUGAAAUUCUCUGUGCGGGCUAUAUAUCAAAUCACAAGUCUUUCGAGAAACAGGAUAAUUUUGUUUCCCAAGAAUCUAAAUGUUUGCUGAGGCAGAGCCGAGCCAAAUGAACUGCAUCCCUUGUAGACUAGUUUUUAAGUGUAAAUUGUUUUCCUUUAGCUUGUUCGUAUCACAGUAGACAAGUGUCGAGAUGCUCCAUUGACGAGGACACAAGCCGAAGGCGUUGAAGAUAGAUCGCAGUGUUCAUCCACAGCAAGAUUGAAAAGCGUUAAGAACAAGUAAGAAACAGUAACUGCUAUCUAAAGCUUUGCUAGGACUUGUAUGUAGACGCUAUAAAAUACUUCAAGAGUUGUGUCGGUUUUAGUCUACCUGACCGUCAAACAUCAUGUAGUAAAUCAUUUCUUAGAUGGAGUUAUUUUUAAUCGCAGCAGGAUUAGAUCAGUCGGUAGAGUGCUUGACUGCAGGGCGGGAGGUCAUGGGUUCGAUUUCAGGGACCAGACCAAUACUUAGUGUCUUAAAAUAACUAAAAAUGAAGGUACUGCCUUUGCCCUACAAACGGCGAGACCUUCGCGUGGCUCGGAUGACCGUGUAAAAGGGCCUCAAUUAGUAGUCAAGCGCUAAAUACAAUAACGUUCAUAUAAAAUGCACUCUUUGUUGGUUGGACAACGAUUUUUAUAGCUUUUCUCCUAAUGGUUUCGGCAUGAAGUUAUCAAGCCAGGCCUUUGAAAAGGGAAGAAAUGGUCUGCGGGUUUUGGAACGUCCUAGGCGUUUGCGUGCUCGUCGUUUACCGAAAAAAUUCAGCCCCAAAAAUUCAAAAUUGCAUCCGGUAAAUUAUAGCGAAAAGGAAUAGAACCAGGCAAACGUACUGCUGAAGAGGUUUUAUUUCAGUGAUCACAAUAAGGAUGUAGUCCACGGCCUCAAAAGGUAGAGCUACGUGCUAAGCAAAUGGUGCAAUUUGAGAGUACUACUGAAGAGGUUUUAUUUAAAUGGUCGCGUCAUAGGAUUUUGUCAACAGCGAGACGGAAAGUUGAGAACUAUAUGCUGUAUCGUGUAAACUUAGGGCUUGAGACGUUUUGUUUAAGUGGUUACACCAUAGGGUUUCGUCCAUUUACUCAAACUUUAAACUUUGCUCAGAAAGUAUUACGUCUUUGUAAGUGACUCAUAGAAAUCACUGAUUUCCCCCUUUUUUUGGCUUCUGUUAUCCUCAGAAUGCUGAAUUUAAACGGUCCGCUGCAGCUCGGUGGAACAUCAAACAAACAACUUCGCUAUCCUGAGCUUACCACCACUAGUUACAAAGGCUGUAUCCGAAAUGUUAUCAGUCAGGGAAAGUACUACGACUUGAAGAACCCAUCUCUCAAGAAUGGCACGAAAGAAAGGUGUCCAAUGAUGGACCAACACUGUCAGCAACACCAGUGCCACCGUCGUGCUAUAUGCGUGCCGUCGUGGACUGGUUACACGUGUUCUUGUCCCUUUGGCCGCGCUGGUCGCACGUGUGGACAGAGUAAGAUAGACAAUUACACAUUGUGAAUUGUAAAACAAGACUAACUACGAGAGAACGACUGAAGAACUGACAAUUUGACUAACAACAGACGAAUGUUUAACUGUGACAAUAGACGGAUCGAAAUGAACCAAUUACUGAUGAAGAGUCUUCAUAGCCAAUAACAUCACGACUUAACUAACAGACGACCAAUGACAUCGCGACGUAAUUGACCAAUCAGAUCAAUAACAAGAGUAUAAUACCAUCAACUGACGUGAUACAACUCACUUUGACUCUGAAGAUGACUACCGCACAGGUUGUCGAAACGUCAGUCACUGUCAACAACAACAGUCCUAUAUAGGACUACGUUCACCCGGACGAUCAAACUCAACCUAUUCACCCUCGUAAGGGAUUUUCAUCUAUAAUGUGCGACACUGGUUGGGGGACUUAACAUUUAGCAAAGUAAUGAGUUAUGAGUAAUGAGUUGUACAUUGCCGGUAAUAUCAAUGUGAAUGUGCGAUAGACUACCAGACCUGGACUAGGUCACCAGUUUUCUUUACGAAAGGUAUCGGUAUGUGGGUUCUUUAACGUCGCACAGAAUUAAUGAUAUGUUUAACGGUUGUGUUACGGAAACUGGUUUAUUUUCAUUAUCUGAGAAGACUUGACGGUGUAAUUGUUUGCCGGCAGAUGUCACGCGGCGCUCUGUGCACUAAUCGGGCGGCUGUUACAAUUUGACGAGAUUUUCGGGAAUUCUAUAAACUUAUCAGAUUCGGUGUACAAUUGAGCCUGUCGUUGUGCCUAUGAAGGGCCGGAAUCUCUUAUUGCCCCGAUGAAUAUUUCAUGUUUCUCGUUUUUUCUGAACUCACUGUCUAUGUUAGCCUGCGAAAACAUCCGUUUCACCGCGCUCUUCGCCGCUGAGACGUUUCGCGCGGAGGAACGUCUCAGCGACAGAAAUUCCAUACAGAUGACGCAAAUCAAUGUUUAAAUAAUAAAUCCGGUAGUCAUGGGGUUCCAAAUAAAAAUUUGUCCCAUUUUACAAGCCUAUGGUCGAUUUUAGUAAAGUGUUGUGUUCAUCUGCUAACGAGCUCCAGAAAAACUCAAAUGCUUCUUCUGGAAAAGACUAUAUUCCACAAAUAUUGACUGUUUUGUUAGAGAUUCUUCUCGUUUAUAUUUGACCUUUGUGGGCUUUUGUCUUUUGUCUGUCAUUCGUAAACAAUAGCUAAAACAAUGAAACUACUCCGUCGACCAAUCAGCGCUUCCGACCGGAUUCCGGACAGAUUUUACGUCAUCAGUAUGGAAUUUCUGUCGCUGAGUCGCAGACGUUCCUCCGCGCGAAACGUCCCCAGUGGCAAAGAGCGAGGAGAAACGGAUGUUUUCGCAGGCUAUGUCUAUGUCUUCAUGCGAGACGCAUUCAACAUCGUUCCUUGAAGCCAAAUGCAGGACUCGUGUCGCGUGUGAACUUAGUUAAUUGCCAAACUCAUUCAACAUAGCACAGUGCGCUUCGGUUAUCUGGGAAGACAUGGCUUAGAAUCAGAUUCGCAGUCACUGCAAAAGGCAAACGGUCAGUAUUUAAGGGAAAGUGCAAUACCUUAAGAGGAUCACUCCCAGUGCUUGAUGACACGAAAUCUGUGUAACGCUUCGGUGUCUUGUAGGCCACCAGCAUUGAUGCUUUUAACCCUUUCACUGCCAAAUGUGGCCAAAGGCAAAUUUCGACCAAAUUUGCAAAUUUCAUUUUUUAAAAUUUUGACAAACAAAUAGCAUCAUGUGUAAGUACAGGCAGAGAGCUUUCAUUUCAAUGGUCACAUCAUAGGAUUUCGUUCAUAGACUCAAAAGUUAGAGUCACCGCACAAAACUCCAUCAAACACUCUGGCAGUGAAAGGGUUAAGUUAGUUACAUAUUUUGCAAUAGGUAACCAGUGUCAAAACGCUGUGUACUAUUUUUUAUCAAUGUUAUUUUGGGCUGCCGAUAUUUAUGUUGCGUUUCUUUUUGCUUCAGAAACUCGCACGCUGAACUACGCAGAUGGGAGUUUCACCAAGUACGUAUUCUACUUGCAUAAGUUCGAAUAUGACCCGCGACAGAUUAAGAUUCGCAUGCAGAUCCGAACACGUGACCCCAACGGCGGUAUACUGAUGUACACUUCCGGAAGUGAGGAGGGCCGAUUCUCUUCUUUAGAGGUGACUAUUUCUUACUCAUUUUGUUAUUGCCUAAUCUUUUCUCUGUGGUAAUUAAAGCAAACGAAACUUAACAGCCUUCAGUUUUUUUAGGGCUGAUCGAUGACAAGAGAACAUAAAGAGCUUUUUCCUCUCUUGUUGAGGAAGAUUUCAGAAAACAUAAAACAACUUUAAUAUUCCAAGUAAAGUUAACCGUGCAACCAACCAAUCAGAACUCCAAGGGGAAAGACGAGCAGUGUGUGCUGUGUCCUUGGAGAUUUCAUCGUCACCUCGCUUCUGAUUGGUUAAGAAUUAGUAAGUUUUCUCCGAUUGGCUAGUGCAAUAGACACUACUUGUAACGUGCACGCGGACGCGAAUAUGACCAAUUGUAAAAGACAACACAUGCUCGAGUAUCGUCACAUGAUCUACAUUCGCCACCUUAAAAACGACAAAGCGAAAUGCGUCCCGCAGUUGUAUCUGGGAUUGUUACUGGGUGACGUGUCGGUCAGCUAUUGGCCAUUUUUUUCCUUUGUCCCGAUGAACAGUCCCAGAAGUCUUUGCAAAAGCCAACUCGUCCCAGUUUUCUUUCCCUUUCUAAAGUGGCGAAUGGGGGAAUAGAACUGAGCAGAGAAUUUGGACUAUUGUUUUGAUUUGACCAGUUACAAAGCUCGGCAAAAGUAAUCAAAACAGUAAAACACACAGUAAACUGUAUUAAAGACAUUUGUAAGUGUAAACGUUUGCUCUUAUUUCCUGUUUGAUAAGGUGGUACCGUUCGAUAUUGAGGGGGAUGGGGAGAGGGAGCUGAUUGUCACGUAUACCCUAGGAUCAGGCAAGGAAGGAGGCCGUCCAGCAGUAGUACAACUGACCGGUGUGAACGUGGGCGACGGGCAGUGGCACGACAUAAGUGUGUUGCGUGAGAGAAGGCUGCUCAAGCUGUCCGUUGACAGUGAUAGUGGUGGAUAUACCGUGACAGGUAGCGAUUAUAUAUAUGUUGAUUUCCACUGACGUGUUUUUGGCUACGCACGUAAAUUUUAAUCACUUAAAUAAAAUAGAGGCAAGAUAUAAAGUGCUGAGCUUAAACGAGAAGUUGAGCGAGGUUCAACUUUUACGCUUACCGAUACGAGCGACCUUUCUAUUUUAUUUGCGAGCGUAAAUUUUACGCACGUAAGAAUUUAUGCAACACUGGAAAUCAACCCUUACGCACCUUAAUGGCUUGAAUUUUUCGUAGUGGAGCUGCUUCGCACAUGCAUACUCUAGCCUGACCUCUCACUCGAGACCUCGACCCAGACAGGGAACUCGAUAUAAAAUGUCUAUAUCUACACUGCAAAACAGUCGUUUUUUCUUUUCUCAAAAUCGUUUUAGUGUAGCGUAAGAGCCUCGCGCACUCUUACGCCCGCUCUCCGUUUUCAGCCUCUCUCCAGACCGUUUGUUUGACUCUUCGUACUUGAAUACGCAAAAAUACGGACUCGGACUGUUUUGCAGUCUAGUCUAUAUCAGGGAUUUAGACUGUGGUGCGACGCAGUACCAAAUCUACUUAGACGUCCGCCCCAGGACCCCCUCGACGCAGUUGAAACCAAGAUGGCUGCCGUAACGGAGGCGCUCGUUCCCGACGAUCUUGCGGAAAAAUUGAUGACUGUAAGCAGCCUAAGAGUGAGGUGUCAAGGCGGAAAUGUCACAUGUAGGCGCUGAGUGUAGGUAGUCUUAUCCCCGAUUAUUAGUGAACUUACGCAAAAGGACGGCGGCGGCAAACCUUGUGUGACAAGCGUGACAAUAAUUUUGUUUAAAAAAAUCUUUCCACCAAACUUUACACUCUUUUAAAAAGAUCUUUUUGUGAAAGACCAGAAAACAGUGAUGUUAGGUAAAUACCACGACGAAACAUGCAAGUAAUAGCCCUGUCACGUUUGUCGCACAUAAGCGUUUUGCCGUGCUGUUGUGUAAACUCACCAUUUUUCCCCAACUUACUUUUCCCGUAGCGAGAUGUUAAAAGAAGUGAAAGACUUUUGAUCUAAUCAUUUCUGAUUUUCAGAACAUCUCGGCACCGAACAUGCCCUGUUUGUGCUGGAUCCAACGAGAACAUUUAUUGGGGGACUUCACCCUCCUACCUUAUCACGACGCCGGAGGGAUGACGCUAAAGAUUUCGUCGGCUGCAUAAACGACGUGCAGUUCAACGGACAUCCGCUUAAUUAUUACAAUGAAACGAGUAGUCUGGGCAUCGCUAUUUCUGUAGGUGGGUACAACUUGAACUUUCGGAUCACCUACCCCUCCCCUAGGCUAACAUUAACGCUUACUUCUCCCUUAGGGCAAAAUGUUGGCUUAGGGGAGGGGUAGGUGGUCAGUUUCCCAGAACUCUUGUUUUCCAUCUAUUCCUAUAAGUACCACCAAGAAAGUUUGGAUCAAUUUAGGUUUCUGGAAACCGACCAGCUACCCCUCCCCUAAGCUAACAUUAACGCUUACUUCUCACUUAGGGCAAAAUGUUGGCUUAGGGGAGGGGUAGGUGGUCAGUUUCCCGUGGUACUUAUAGGAAUAGAUGGGGAACAAGAGUGGUGCACUCGCUUCCCAAUGUGGCCUGGGUUCGAAUCCAGGCCUCGAUGUCAUAUUUGGGUUGGGAGAGGUCUUUCCAACAAAUGCCUUAACAAUCUACAAAAAUUGCAAUUUGACUUCACCUUAGGACUUCCAUAGUUACACCUUGGGGCCUCUUACGAACAUGUUUUUCUUCUGAACAUAUUAAUAAUCGAAAAGAAGACCAUCAAAAUGAUUCGCUUUGCAAUCGUUCAUUUGUCAAUGUUUUUUUUUUUAAAAUAUCGCUUUAAGCUGAUAUUUUUGUUACUUUUUUUCGCCUUGAGGAUGAAGUUUUUUGCACAACUACAACGAAUGUUAGAAGAACUUGAAACGGCCGGAAGAACCCCUUCACAUAAUUAUCACUUAGCAGUCUACUCCUAGUAACACUUUUUAUUUAUCUGCUUCGGGUACAUCGCUUGUUCACCUCAGCUCACUUCCUCCAAGAUAAGAUUUGCCAAAAAAGAACGUAUUUGCACCUAUUUUGCUCGACAAAGAUUUCAACAUUCUCGGGCUGAGAAGGGAAAGAUAGUCUUACUAAUUUCACGUUAAGUAUCCCUCCAUUGUAGCCGUGAAUGCGAAACAACAUUUACUUCUUCAAAAAUUAUACUUUUUCACAAACGAAUCUUUUUUGUCCUUAGGUGUCAGCGGAGGCUGCACUGCAGAACCCGUAUGUACGCCCAACCCGUGCAUUGCCUCGGAAUGGUGUCGAGACAUUUGGCGGAAGUUUGUGUGCUUGCCCCGCCUUUGUGCGUCUCGACCCUGUAAGAAUGGCGGCACUUGUGUGGAAGGCGUGGACCGUGAGGGAAAAAGUAAGUUCCGCUGUCAGUGCCCUCGUUCUUUUGAAGGCGCCCUUUGUGAGGUGCAAAGCUCAGUGGUGAUUGCUACAGAACCUGGAAUAGGAUUGGAGAACGGAUUGAUUAUUGGUAGGUAUUACAAUGCAGUUUCGGUUACAUUUGAUUGUCUCUCGACAAUUUAUUGACAUCUUUUUUAACAUCCAUCGAAAAGAUUGUUUUCCUGCUUUGGAUGAAGGUUUUCAAGAAACUUUUCAACGGAAAUUUAAAAAAAAAAAAAAAAAAUUAUUGGUAUAAAAAAUAUGGUUUUCAAAAAGGACCUCAAAACUAGUUUUGAUUGUAUAAAAUUGCAAAGGGAUUAAAAGAUUUAUAAAAAAUUGAAAUAAGUUUUAACAUCCAUCGAAAAAAAACAUUGUUUUAUUUACCCUUGAGUCUUUGGAUGAAGGGGAGUUAAAAUCGAAACUUUUGUGUUCUUUGCAUACUUUCUUUUGACAAACAAAAACCUUUGUUUUAACCGAAAUCUUUCAAUCAAGUCCAUUAUCCCAUUGAUGCGUUUUCAUCAGUCGAAUGUUUAACGGCCUUAUUUCAACAUAUUAUCCCAACGUUUUCAUCAGUCGAAUGUUCGAUUCAACUCUCGGUCAAGUCAUGAUCAUAAAUCACGUGAUCAUUUUAACGCGUCGUAUAUAUCUGGUAGUCCAGGCCCCCAUCUCUGUUCAGUGUUGACGUGAAUUUUCCCGUUUUUUCUUUUUGCCCGGUUCGCAAAUUACCAUACCGGUAUUCCAAGUAGAAACUCAAGUGUUGAAGUAAAAUGGGUUGAAGCGGAUGCUAAACUGUUUAACAGAAUGUUUUUAAUAAUGUUGAUUUAUGAACAAUUCAAGUAAAUUUUUAUUUGAUAAUUUCAUCACCAGUAUAAUCAUUCACGUCUUUUUUUUUAUUUUAAGAAAUACAUAACUCAUAUUAAAAAGUUAAUUCAAAAGACUAAUAAACUUAAACAGCAUUGAAUAUAUUAAAAGGCAUUGACGUGAACAGCGUGUUAAAACUAGUUUAGUUUUGUAAUACGGAGUCAUCCUCUCUUUUCUAGGUUUAUCGGUGCUGGUGGUGACGCUAAUUUUAUCGGUUCUCGUUUUGAUUCUGUAUCUUCGUCGCUCCCAUCCCAAGAAAGAGGAGAUACGUGUGGGCGAAGAGCCGUUUAAACGCGACAACGUUGCUAACUAUCGCAUAGAAGGAGGUGGCGAAGAGGAUAUAGAAGAGCAAGACCACUUAAGGGACAUCUUGCGAUCUUUUGAAACGGCAGAUUUUUCUUCUUGUAAACUUUCUGGAAGUAGUAACGAUGUCAGUGGACCUUAUGUCGUUGUGGCUCCGCUUAAAAGGGAGACCGAUCAGAGACAAAGCGAUGGAAUACCCGGUGUGUCUAAACCUGUACAGAAACCCGUUGAACCUGUCGCAAAAGGACAAAAAGCCGGGUGUUCUCUUUGGCGUGACGGUUCUAAUGAAGAUCUUCCGGAUUCGUGUUCGUAUCCCUCAGCAGUAUCCACUCCCGAAAGACGCAGGCGCAUCUGCCCUUCGUCCAAGGGAUACGGAGAGAUCAAAGAUAGACAGACACCCGAGGGAGGAGAGAGUGGAGCGGAGGGAAGUCCAACGCGGAAAUUAACGGAAGUGUUCGGAUUAAGUGCAGAGGAACAAGCGGGAUGGCGAUCUCCGCCCGAAGGCUUUUCUUCACCCACUGAAGAAGGGUUUUCGAGCCUCGGUAAAAGAGAACGUGGAAAUGGCGCUUCAUUAACAAGACCUGCAAAAACCGGUGAGGAAAAUAGAACGGCUGAAGAAAAAUGCGGGAGUGUGUGUGAACCUCAAGCCCCUGUUUCCUUUGCAGCGGAAAAUCCCAUGUCUCGUCCGAACAGUGAACUCCGUAGUGCAUCUAAAGGAGACGGACUUGCUCCGGUGCAGAGGUACUCCCUCCCUCCCAGGAAACCCCCACGGAGCUACUUUCCCAGGGGUGCACCACCCGCACCGGGGACCUUCCUACCGGAGGACGUGAUGCAGAAGUUUUGUUACGAGGGGUCGGGAUCCCCUACCAUUUCGCUAAGCACUCUGGGAGAUACUGAAGGUGAAUCAGAGGCUGAUGACAAUUAUGAGUAUGUAAAUGACAUGGGAGACAAAUUCAAGAAACUCGCAAAGAUUUAUGGGCUGCCACCCUCGGUUUCGUUUAGCCCUCACAAUGAAAUUAUUGGAGAGUAA